AUGCCUUUCCGUGUUCGAAGCCGCCAACGGGUCCAGGACCCCGAGCGUCAGUUCUACGAAUACCAGAUAAAUACUACUCUCGUCUACAAUCUUGAUCGACUGCGCGACGGUCUUGAGAUGAACUGCGGUCGUAACAACUUCACUGUCUACGGAGACAUCAUGCAGCUUACCAUUCGAGUUCACGCAUACCAGGCUAAGAAUCUGGUUGCGCAACUUCAGAGUGAAGGCGCUCUACGUCGCGAGGCAACAGAAGGGCUCCCCAAAGUUCUUAGAGAGAAUAUCAUGGCCAACGGCUGGUAUCAGAUACGGCCUCAUGAUCGAGAGUAA